GGCUCUUCCCCUCCGCUUGCUGUCCUUCCCUUCGGACUUGGCUUCGGGGCCUGGCAAAACCUGGGGCUGGGCUGGUGGGGUUUGGUGGCGAACAGGCUGUCGGGGGGGCUGCUGGCUGUCCCCGCUGUCACCCUGUGCCGUGCUCGGGAGGAUGGGCGCCGAGCUCCGGCCGCGGCUCAAACCGCCCUGCUCGUCUUCUUCCCAGACGGGGCCCCCGGGCAGCUGCGGCUCGGGAUGCCGGGGCCGUGCUGGCCUCUGCCGACAUUCCGGGUUUCUCGUCCCAGCCAUUGACCCCUUUAUCUGCAGCCCCCACAGCAAGGGGCUGCUUUGUGCCACCUUCCCCACGGAAAUGCUCCCUUUCGGAUGGAGGGUUUGGCUCCAGCUGGGCGUGGGGGAUAUCAAUCUUUAGAAUUUCCCAGCCGUUCCCUUUUCCCAGCAGCUUUGCUCAUCCACAGACGCUGAGCUUGGGUGCAGCCUCCCCAGCCGGGGGUGCUUUAUCCCGGACCGCGGUUCUCAGCUGGCCUCUCCUGCCCCCCAGGGGCUUUGCCGCCUGCCUGGGGCUGUCCCCGUCCUGCUCCCCUGUCCCAGGCUGCCUCCAGCUGCCCACACAGGCUCCUCUGUUGUGGAAACGUUGUUUUGGAGCAGCAGGGUGCACGAAUGCAAACACUGCAAGAGCUACAGCAGGAGAGCUGGAGGCUUCCCAGGAGUGCUUCCAAAUGCAAGUUUUCCUACGGUGUCCAGGCUCGGCGCAGGACAGAGAUCAGCAGUGUUUACACGAGCACUGGGAUGCUGCAGACCGAAUUCCUGCCUUCUCUCUCCUGUUGUUUUCACCAAAUAUGAAAUUAAGCUGUCAAAAGUGCACCAUUGCAGGCUGGCACCGCCUCCUGCCCAGCCCUGACCCGACACGGAGUGUGCGAGGGCUGCUCUUAGAAACUUCCAGUGCUGUGUAAAUACCAGCAGAAAGAAGAUGAUGUGAAUGGGCUGUAAGAACCAGAAGAGAUGGAGGAAGAGCUACCCUGCUCUGAGGUGGAUGGAAAAAGUGUCCUCAGGGAUCUGGGGGUGGAGAUGCCCCCCACAGGAGACACAUCUGGAGCAGAGGAGGAUGCAGGAGAGGUGCCCUGUGCUGAGAGCAGCGCAAAAGAAGAGGCUCCUUGUGACCCAGGAAUUGUCUUCACUGAGGGCAGAGUGGAAGGAGAGACACAGGGCAGUGGCAGUGGCAGGGAAGGGGACAUUCCUGGCAGUGGCAGUGGCAGUGGCAGUGGCAGGGAAGGGGACAUUCCUGGCAGUGGCAGUGGCAGUGACAGGGAAGGGGACAUUCCUGGCAGUGGCAGUGGCAGUGGCAGUGACAGGGAAGGGGAGAUUGCCGUCACUGACAGCGAUGGGGAAGGGGAGAUUCCUGUCACCGAUAGUGACAGGGAAGGGGAAGUGCCCUGUGAUGCAAAAGAAGAGGCCUCUUGCUCUGAGAGUGACGCAGAGGAAGUACCAGAUGCUGUGAUCCCUGCUGCUUCCAAGAAAAUCACUUCCAUUUCCUCUCCCCUGCGGGCCAUCGUUCGCCUGCGCCGGCGCUACCAGGGGCUGAAGAAAAGCCGUCUGCAUUUAGAGCUGCCUCGGGAAAAGUCUGCCGAGUUUGUCCACACCAGGCUGCUCCAGAGGCAGCUGUCCCUGAACAGAACUUCCCUGUACAGCCCUUCCAUGUCCUUCUUUAAUCAGUCUGGCUUUGAGAGCUCCCAGUACUUCACCUUUGACACGUCUGUGGAACAUUACUCCGUGAAAAAGUGCAGGCGGAAAAAGAGCCGGAGGAAAUCCAGGAUGGUUCUCUACCCGGAUAAAACAAAAAAAUACCUCCCAGCAGAGGAGAAGAGCAAGGCAAAGCGCUGCCUCCUCUUGCUCAUUGCCAUUAUCUUCUUCCAGAUUCUCAAUGCAAUAGAGAACCUGGAUGAUAACCUCCAAAAAUAUGACCUGGAUGGUUUGGAGAAAACCAUGCACCGGGAAGUAUUUGGGCAGAAGGCUGCUGUGGAAAGUAUUGUGGAAUUACUGAAGGACUAUCUGGCUACCCAUGUCCACAACAAGCCUCUGGUGAUCUCUCUGAAUGGCCCCACAGGGGUUGGGAAGAGCCACGUUGGCUGGGUGCUGGCCAAGCACUUUCGCUCUGUCAUGGACAAUGACUUUGUGCUCCAGUACUUUGUGAUGCAUCACUGCCCCAGCGGGGUGGCUCCCCUCACCUGUGAAAUAGAUCUGUCCAAGAAGAUUUCUGACAUGGUUACCAGAGCUGAAAUAGAGGAAAAGACCCCACUGUUUAUUCUGGAUGAGGUUGAGCUCAUGUCCCCCGUCCUGCUGGACACUCUCAGCCAAUUCUUUGAACCCAAUCAAACCAACGAGUUCCUCAAUGCCAUCUACAUUUUAAUCAGCAACCUGGGAGGUGCUGAAAUCACCAAGUUCGUUAUCCAGAAUGCAUCCACUGAGCUCCUGCAUCAGCAACGGGGAGCUGAAGAGCUGCUGAGCAUCGUCCAGCCAGUCCUGGUCAGAGUGCACCCUCUGUGGAAGGCUGCAGACAUCAUCCCCUUCGUCCUCCUGGAGAAGUCUCAUGUCAUAAACUGCUUCCUGGAGCAGAUGAGGAGGGAGGGGCUCUAUCCUGACCAGAAGCACAUUGAAAAUUUGGCAGAUCAGCUCAGUUACCACACUACAGGGGACAAGCAGUACUCCAGCAUGGGCUGCAAGCAGGUUGUGGCCAAAGUCAACCUCCUGUAGGGAUUUACUGCAGAGAGCAAGCCCUGCUCUCGGGGUUUGCAGAGUUCUGUGCUCAUGAGGAGUGUGUUCCACCAGGCUGGGCUCAAGGUGUCCUUUCUCAGCCCUGCACUGGCUCUGCCCUGGUCCAGGCAGAGGGGUGGCAGCCUGGACAGCCUGGUCCCUGUUCUCCUCCAGAAACUUCACUUUUUCCUGCUGUUCUGUGGAAAAGGAAGGGCAAGGAAGCUGGAGCCACCUCCCAGUAAGUGCAAGACACUUUGUUCCUCAUUCUCAUUUGGAAUUCUUGUCAUUAAGGAGUUUUGAGGCGGCAUCAAAAGCUGCAGGAUAUAAAGAGGAUGGAACAAUCCCUGGGUCACUGCCCCUGCACAAUGUGUCACCUCGUGUGUCUCACUCUCUCCAGGCUCACAGCUCUUUGCUUUCCUCGGUCCUGGCUGGUGUGUGCAGAGCAGAGGCAGGGCUGGACACCUGGCCCUGGGACAGUUUGUGGCUCCUGCCCCCCAGAUGUGCAGGCCUGCCUUCCCCAGCUCCUACGUGACCACAUCCUCAGGAGAACACUUUUUGGACCUGUUCCUGAGCUGUUGCUCUUCUGAGCUCAUCCCUGAGCUCACCUUUGGCACCUGCAGUGAGAUUUCUGCCCUGCAGGUGUGUUUGGGCUGGCCUCAAAGACUGCUCAGCUGUGCCAGAUGGUGCAGAAAUAACUCUGGAUUGUUUCAGGUCUGGUGGUGACACCUCAUCCUCACAGCUCUUCUGCUUUUUGCCUCUGGGGACACGUCACUGUGGGCAGUCAUUGUCUAGAAAGCCCAAAGCAGCAAUGGAUGGAUAUUAAGCAACACACACUGGAAAAGACAGUUUGGACUGAUGGAGUGGGAAUCCUGGGCUUGUUCCCAGUCCUGAAAGGCCAAGAAGAGGCUUUGCCAUUGAGCCCCAGGUGAGAUGUGGCCUGGGAGCAGCUUGGGAAGAGCACACAGCCAUGUUUUGAGCAAAACUGAGCAGGUAUUUAUGACAUUGUUUUCUCAGGUUGUGGUUUUGUACAAGAUUUCUACAGCUUGCUGUGAAUUCCCAGACAAGAAACCCUGUGGAUGUUUGCACUGGGGUUUUGAUUCAUAUCUCUGUAAUUGUUGGUCUCCAAAGACUCUGUCACAUACUUUAGCUUCCAGAGCUAUUGUCAGGAAUAAACCCAAACUAUCCCGAAUAAAAGAAUUAAAAGUA